AUGGCACCAACAGCAUCCGCAUCCACAGCUGCAGCUGCAGCAACCUAUUCAUCACCUUCACCACGUAAACAUGUAAAGAAACCAUAUAAAAGCUGGCUCAAGGAUGGAGUCAAUGGUGGACCAAGCUCUAUGCAGAUCGUAGUUCAAUGGUUAUCGGCCAACUAUGCGACCAAGUGGCGAGAUGACAGCGAUAAUCGCCUUCCCAAAAAGAUGUUGCUGCAAGAGAUCCUCGACCAAAUGCAACAAGCGGGUAUCCAUCAUCGCCUUGCCAAAGACGUUGCUAGCAAGAUUUCGACUUUGCAAAGCAACUAUAGAACAGCAAGGGAGUGGUACGACGUGAUCGGUUCGCAGUGGCGUAAAGCAGGUGCUCAAGAAGUUGAUGUUAAAAAAGAGGUCUUGAGACGUUUUCCAUACUGGGAUGAGUUACAUGGUGCUUUUGGUACCACCACCACUGUAACCACCACGACGACGACCACCAUUGCUGGUAGUGUUUCAAGCCGAUCCACCAUGACCACCAUGACCACGCAUGAUAAUAGUAAUAUCGUUGGUUGGCCUAUGUCCAUCAAAUCCAUUAUCCACAAUGACGAAAAAGAACAACGAAAGCAGGAUCAACAAGAGCAACAACAACAACAACAAUCAUUAGAUCAGCAUCAUCAUUAUCAAGGAAAACGACAACAGCAACUUCCUAGUCUUUCUUCAAUGCUUCCAUAUCAUCCCACCACCAACAUCAACCAUGAGCAACAACAACAGGCUGUUGCAACUGCCACCUUUGCAGCUGCCACUGCACACGCAACAUUAACAAAUGCCAAAGCAACAACGGCACGAGUGAUCCCACUUUCAAAAUGUACUCGAGCCUUUAUUGUAUCAACGGCUAUUGCUGGUAAUGAGAAAACAACCACUGUUUCUUCUCCCGAAUACGUGCCGAGUUCACCACCUACAACAACAACGACGACGACUACACGCCAUCCUAUCCAUCAUCAUGAGUCAUCAUCAGCAUCCGGAAUAGCAUACCCGUAUUAUUAUCAUCACCAUGGUGUGAAGCGGCGACAUCAUCACGAGGCCAUGGUGCUCGCACAAGAACAAGAAAAAACGCGGCGGGUCCGUGCAAGAGCUGAUCUUGUCAAACAUUUGGUCCAGACAGGUUAUUCCAAGGAUGAAAUCGCGGCCGAGCUAAAGUUGUGUUCUUGA